AUGUUCCAGUGCCUCUUUUGUCCAGCAAGCUCCACCUUAGAGCCAUCCAAAGCUCCUAUGCUAGAAGUCAUUUGUGCGGAUGACGGCGACGACGACCAGCACCACGAUGUCGACUUUAUGCUGCUGCCAAGCAAGAAGAAGGAGACGAACAAUCAUGAAAUUCCAGAUAUUACCAAAUCUAAUUCCACAUCGACCGAAGAGACAAUGAACUCCGAGGACGACGAGGAAGAAGACGAAGAACACGAGAGAUACACCCGUGUCUACGACAAGCAAGACUCGUUGAACGUGGCCAUGCGUGCUUCUACCCCAUCGAGCCACACUUUGGAAAUCUUUUUCGAAGAGGAGGCACAGGAGAUUGAAACCGUUUUGUCUUUUUCUUCCCCCAAGAGUAUUAGCAGCAGCAGCAGCAGCAACAACAGUAGCAGCGCAACUCUUGUCUCGUCCCAUAGCUUCUUGGGCGAAGGACCAGUCCUAUUGUCUCCGUCGUUGGAGAUCAUCUCCACCAACCAAUAUGAACAAGAAAAAAAAGACCAAAUCCGAUGGAUGCGCAUCCAGCAAGAGUUGGAUGACAUCUUGAGGCACGUGGAAGGCGUUUUUGUCGAAGAUGAAGCAAUUGAAGCAUUGGGGAUUGCCGCCAAUCAAGUUGCCCAUCUUUCUCCUGGUGGUAAGAACGAAUCAUCAUCAUCCUCUUUUUGUUCUUCUGUAGGACAAUCCAUCGUCAAUGGCUCCCUUUUGGAAAUUGCGGAAGACUAUUACUUUGGUGACUCGGUCAGUUUUGUGGUCCGAUAUGCCGCCGUCUUGAGAAACACGGUCAAACAAAUGAAGAUGAAUGGACUGCACGAAAUCAAGUAUUAUCAUGGUCAAGAUUACGAAUAUGUUCGUCCAAUCAUGGGUGCUGCCGACGAUGAAACAAUGCUACUUGACACCACUAUUAGUCCUUCCACUCGGAGACAAAAAUUGGUCUCGCUUGCCCACACCGUUGCCCGGGGAAGUUGGAAAUCUGCAGGAUGGGUAUAUCAAAAGAUUGCUGGACCAUCAUCAUCAUCAUCAUCAUCAUCAUCAUCAUCAUCAUCAUCAUCGUCGUCGUCUUAG